CGGGAGUUUUACUUUUUAAUUUUGUUCAAAAACUAAACAGAACGUUGUAAACAGAAUUGCUAAAACAUGAGCGACGAACAGAGUUCGUGGCGUUCCAAGCUGCUCCUCAUAUGCCAGCAAACCAGAUCCAGCAGCGAGUCCAUCCACUUUGCUGCGCUCAAGGAUCACCAUGCUAGGCUGCAGGCUUGCGAAAGCAUGGAGAAGGCGAUGAAGGAGCGCUGUCAGAAAAAAAUAACUAUGAGUCGCAGGACUAAACGAGGGAUUACCCAUGCAGGCUACUUGUUCGAGAUGCCCCACAACUCAGUUUUUGAGCCAGAGUGUAGGGGCUUCUACGAGAGCUGCCAGCAAACAGAGAUGGCCUCCAGUGAUCUGCAGGCUCCGGCGCUGGAAGUUUCAAGCACGUACCCGGUCCAACAGGCCGUUAAGAGCAGACCGGAGGGGCAGUUCCCGGAGUCGAGGAAUAAUUCCACAAAGAAGAUAGAUGCGCAACAGUACUCGUCAGAGAGCUCAUCCCAAAGCGGCUUUGGCUUUCGCACUGCCCGGGAGCAACUAAUCAUGGACGAAUUAAAGAAAAAGAAUCGACAGGCGACAAGCGAAGUGGAUGCAGUCCCAACCGGCAUGAUGAACUUCAGGAAAAAAACGCUGGGUGGCAAGCGAACUGUGAGCUCGAACUUCGUCUCGCCCGUUGCGCAAAAUGAUAAUUCCACCAGCUCACGGAGCAGCAGCAUACCACCCGCAUUGGCCCACUUGGAUUCCAAGAUGGUGGAUCACAUUCUCGGCGAAAGCAUGCACGAUUUCAAGCCUGUCGCUUGGGAAGAUAUUGCCGGUCUGGAAUCUGCAAAAUCCACAUUCCUAGAAGCCAUUAUUAUGCCACUCCGGCGGCCCGACUUGUUCACAGGAGUGCGGUGUCCACCACGAGGCGUUCUCUUGUUCGGUCCACCUGGCACAGGCAAGACUCUCAUUGCCAAGAGUAUUGCUUCCCAGGCAAAGGCAAAGUUCUUUAGCAUUAAUCCGUCCAGCCUGACCUCAAAGUGGGUCGGCGAUGCCGAGAAGCUGGUGAAGACAUUGUUUGCCGUGGCCGCUGCACAUCAACCGGCUAUAAUAUUCAUAGACGAGGUCGAUUCCCUGCUGUCCAAACGUUCUGCGAACGAAAACGAGAGCACUCUACGCCUGAAGAACGAGUUUCUCAUUCACUUGGACGGUGCCGCUAGUAAUGAGGAAAUACGAGUGCUGGUAAUAGGAGCCACCAACCGACCGCAGGAACUGGAUGAGGCUGUGCGCCGUCGAUUUGUAAGGCGUCUGUACGUUCCCUUACCCACAAGGGAAGCACGCCAGAAAAUCAUAGAAAAGUUAAUUCAUCAGGUGAAGCACAACCUAGAUGUUAGGCAAGUAAUCGAGCUGGCAGAGCUUACCGAUGGCUAUUCUGGAGCUGAUGUGGAUACGCUUUGCCGCUAUGCAUCCAUGGCUCCCCUUCGCUCCUUGACACCUGACCAAAUGGAGGUCAUAGAAACGCAUCAGCUGCCUGCCGUAACUAUGGAUGAUUUCAAGCAGGCUUUGCGUGUUAUAUCUAAAAGCGUCUCCUCGGAGGACUGCAAACAAUUUGAAGCCUGGAAUGAAAUAUACGGCGUCCGGCAUUAAAAACAGACAGAGAAACGCACAUCAAAAUUACGUUCGUAUACGGAUUGUGACAGACUGUGAAGUCCGUUUAAUGUCCUUAACUACCUUAAUGUGUACACAGCUUGGAAAACUUCGCACGUAAAGUUAUACCGACACUGUGCCGACAAUCUAAAGCCUACUGACUAAACACUAACUCAAGUUGUACUUAAUUCAAACUUUGUUCCGGCACAUUUUAAACUCUGCAUUAUGCACACACAGACGGAGAUAUUUGUACACUUCGGAUAAUCGUAUAACAAUUAACGAACAAGGACGUUCCAUAACUAGCAACUAACGAUUGAGGACAUAUAAAGUAUAUUCUCAGUAGGAGGAGGUCUACGCGAGCUUAUUCCCUAUUUUCACUGAUCGGCGGAAAGACGUAAUCAUCACUCAGACUGUUGAUGUCCACGUAGGUAGUCUUUGGACUGAGCACCUUGUACAGGGCGUCGAAGGUGGGUCGCUCCUCGGGCUCCUCAAGCCAGCACUGCAGCAUGAUGGUGUACACCUGCGGAGUGCAGAUCUCUGGACGCUCGAGGCGAUUGCCAGCCAUCAGGAAUGGUAUUAGCUCGUCGUUGCUGAUCGUCGGAUAUGGCGAGGCGCCAAGGGUGCCGAUCUCCCAGAGCACUACGCCAUAGGCCC